AAAAUAAUUUGUAAAGUGAAGAUCUGUGAAGGACUACAGCUAAAAUGAUCUUUUAUCAGCUAGUAACAUUUUGCAAACAUGUCAAACAUAAAGACUUUAGUAUACAUGGUAUAUAAAUCUGGACUUUCACUCUAGAAGAAUGGAUGUACCAGAGCAGCAAAAUCAACUUUGUAACAAGGUUUGCAGUUUACAGUUAACAUAUAAAGGUUUAACAGAGUUUCCAGAGGACUUACUGACAGAUGAGAGUUAUAAAGUAUUGAAUCAUAUUUACUUAGGCAGGAACUUGAUAUCUAAGUUGCCUGAAAAUCUUGGUAACCUCUCAGCAUUAACUGGACUAUUUGUAAAUCACAACAAGUUACAGUUUCUCCCAGAAGCCAUUGCAUGUUUGGAGAAUCUAGAUACUUUAAAUGUUACUGGGAAUGAGUUAACAAGUCUGCCAGCUGCCUUAGGGAACCUGUUGAAUUUACAGAAAUUACAGAUGUGUAACAACAAAUUAUCCAGGCUUCCUACAUGUAUUGGAAAGCUUUCUGAAUUGAGGUCUUUAGAAGUAGCCAAUAACAAUUUAAUUACAAUACCAGUAGAACUAUCAUAUUGUGAAAAACUUUUAACCUUGAACCUUGACAACAACAAGUUGACCUUUCUUCCUCGACAACUAAGGAACCUAACGAAUCUGAUUGAAUUUUCUGCUGUUGGAAAUAACUUAUAUGUUUUACCUCAAGAUAUAGGUAGUAAAGAUGCCUUGCAUACUUUGUAUGUAGAUAAGAAUGAAAGAUUGUAUACCUUGCCAUCAACUGUGUUAGGAAAAGAAAUUGGUUUCUAUAGCUGUGGUUGUGAGCCAUUGUCUCCAGAAAUCUUAGAACAUUUUCCUUAUGUAUAUAUCCAGCAUACAUUAACAGAAAAGUUACCAAUAUUAUUGCCACCAGACAUACAGCAUGUGUGUAAUAUGGAGCAGUGUAUACUACCACUCACUGAACUUGCAAUGAGGAAGGCUGCCACCAGUUUACUCACAUCAGAUAUUAUUGACAGUAUUCCUUACAACUUGAGUGCAACACUAUCAUGUCCAUUAGCUAAUUGUGAGAUGUGUCAAAGCAACAUAUUUCUAUCAGGAUUUCCUAUUGUAUACAAAGACUAUGUCAAGUCAGCCUACAUAUUAGGCAUGUGUUGUAGCUUACAGUGUACAAAGAGAUGUUUUCAUGGGACUGGUAAUGGGCUGCCUGUAGUGUAUCCACGUUCAGAGGACCUUUCGUUAGCAUUAGUCCUGGUAUAGUGAUAAAUCCGUCAAAGCCCAUAUCCACGUUCACAGGACCUUUAAUUAGCAUUAGUCCUUGUAUAGCUAUAAACCCAUCAAAGCCCAAAUCUGUGUUCAGAGGACCUUUAAUUAGCAUUAGUCCUUGUACAGUGAUAAAUCCGGCAAAGCCCAUAUCCACGUUCAGAGGAUCUUUUAUUAGCAUUAGUCUUUGUACAGUGAUAAAUCUGUCAAAGCCCAAAUUCACGUUCAGAGGAUCUUUUAUUAGCAUUAGUCUUUGUACAGUGAUAAAUCUGUCAAAGCCCGAAUCCACGUUCAGAGGAUCUUUUAUUAGCAUUAGUCUUUGUACAGUGAUAAAUCUGUCAAAGCCCAAAUCCACGUUCAGAGGAUCUUUUAUUAGCAUUAGUCUUUGUACAGUAAUAAAUCCAUCAGAGCCCAUAUCCACGUUCAGAGGACCUUUUAUUUGUCCUUGUUUUGUGGUCUAAACACUGACAUUAUGCAGGUUCUUUUACUUGAUUUAUAUUGUGUGAAUUAGUUGACUUUGAAAUUAAUAUUCCUGCAUAAUAAAUUAUUUUAUUUACAACUUUUUGUUAAUUUGCAGCCUGUUCAACUAUUCCUCUAGGUAGUUACAUUUUUACCAUAUGUGCAUUGUUUUAAAAGCUGAUACAAUAUAAAAUGUGUACAACAAUGUAAUAUAAGAUAAACUAGAUUUAGUGUGUACACAUAUUACAUAAAUAAAAAUUAUUUAAUAGAUGUGUACACAUGUUUUAUGAUAUGAUAAUACAAAUGUAUGUACUUGUGAUAUUGAUGCUAUUGUUUAUAUUUAUUUAUAAAAAAAAUAUUUUUGAAAUGAACAUGUAUAUUGUUGAAAAGUUAGCACUUGGUAUGUGAUUAUAUAUGAACUUA